GCAGGUUCCAGAGAUCUUGAGAUCUGGCGGUUCCGAGUUCCUAGGCUCCCGAGCUGCGACUUUGGUGGCGUUGGCGUUUCCCCUGGCAAAGGAGCACGUACAAACCCAGGAAUCCAACUUCCCCGCGGAUCGGUGACCAUCACCUGUCGUUAAUUAAAUGUCAACAGAUUUGAAAGGCGGGGAGAAGGAAGAUUCAGACGAGUCCGAGGAGCCAAAUGAAUUGGAGUCGGAACUGGGACCAAACGAGCAAGCCAACGAAAUUGUGCAAAAUGUUUGCCCGUCUGUCAGAUAAAUCAUAAGAAACAAGAAACAAUACAAUUUUGCGGAGGAGACAUCUGGAUAUAAAAGAGAAACAAAUCUCAGAACCAAAAGAUACAUACACAUAUAACAUCAAGGAAAAAUGGUUAAUGCGGUGAUGGAUGCCAUUGCGCUGCUCAGCUCGCUGGCCAGCGAUUUGGACAUAAUGCUAAAUGAUCUUCGAUCGGCGCCGAGUCAUGCUGCAACAGCAACAGCAACAACAACGGCAACAGUUGCAACUGCAACGGCAACAACAACGGCGAACCAGCAGCAGCAGCAGCAACAUCAUAAUCACCAUAAUCUUCAGCACAUGCAAUCAAGGCAAUUGCAGGCACAUCAUUGGCAGAGCAUUAACAACAAUAAGAAUAACAGCAUUAGCAACAACAUCAAUAACAAUAACAGCAAUUAUAAUAACAAUAAUAAUAAUAACAUUAACAAGAAUAAUAAUAAUAAUAAUCAUUUGGCACACCCACCCUGCCUGAUCGAUAUUAAACUGAAGUCAAGCCGAUCGGCAGCAACGACAAUAACCAAUGCAACAACCGCCAAUCAGCUGCAGCAGCAGCAGCAGCAACAACGUCGCCGUGUGGCACCCAAGCCGCUGCCACGCCCACCGCGACGCAGCCGCCCAGCGGGGCAAAAGGAGGUGGGGCCGACCGAAGAGGAUGGGGACACGGAUGCCAGUGACCUGGCCAAUAUGACGUCACCGCUGAGCGCCAGUGCAGCGGCCACGCGCAUCAACGGCCUCUCGCCGGAAGUGAAGAAAGUCCAGCGGCUGCCACUGUGGAAUGCGCGAAACGGAAACGGAAGUACAGCCACCCACUGCCACCCGAGCAGCGCCUCUGUGCAACGCCGUUUGCCCAUCCAAAGUCAUCAGCAGCGAAUUCCAAGCCAGCGAUUUCAUCACCAGCGACUUCAUCUUGGAACAAGUGAGCCCAUUCCCUCAGGCGUAGCCACGCCCACCUCUCUGGAUGCCGCCUCUGCGGAUGGCGGUAAAACCCACACGGGCAACAAUAACAAUAUAAGCAACCAUCACCAUGGCCAACAGUCACAAAAAUCUCAGCAACAGGCAACAGGUCUCGCCGCCAAGCUAAAUGUCCUGGCCCAGUCCAAUCUCAACAACAACAAUAACAACACGAGCAGCCAGCCAGGAUCGAUGACAUCAGCCCCAAAUCGAACGGUCCUGGACUCGAAUCAGAAUCAGAAUCAAAACCGAAAUCAAACUCAGAAUCAGAAGCAAUGUCUGAAUGCAGACAGUCGACGGAGCAGCAGCGUGGAUCCGGAUGCGGAUGUGGAUGAUGUGGUGGACGCGGCGCAUGGAGGCGCCUUCGAGGAUGACAUGCAGGCCCUGCUGCCCAAGUGCUCGCGUCGCUCCCGGGAUGAGCUCAGUCAGUCACGCACAUCUCUGGUGUCCAGUUCCGAGGGCGGCAUCCUGGCGGAGGGCGAGACGUCCAGCGAGGACGACCAGGAGGAGCACGUGGAGGCGGAGGACGAGGAUGAGGACGAUGGCGACGAGAGCAGCCGCGAUUCCAGCGACAAUUCGCCGCCAUGCGAUCUGGGACUCAUGGAGCGCCUCCUGGUCACCCAUCCGAUGUGGUUCCUGCCGGGCAUCCAGCGUUCCGGGGCCGUUCAUCUGCUGCAGGGCAAGGAGGAGGGGACCUUCAUAGUGCGCGGUUCCAGCCAGCCGAAUACAAUGGCCGUUUCGGUGAGGUUGCCCCAGGAUACGGGACCCUAUAUCGAGCACUAUCUCAUCCAGUCGCACGAUAAUGUCCUGAGCCUGGAGAGCUCGAGGUUUACCUUCGGAUCGAUACCCUUGCUGAUUGCCCACUAUGCCCAAUGCUGCGAUGAGUUGCCGGUGCAGUUGAUGUUGCCACGUGUCCUGCGGGAGGCGAACAACCGAAAGAAGCUGAGUUCGCUGGCCCUUUUGGGUCAGGAGUUCUGGAGCUAUGUGAGCAGUCCGGCUCUGCUUGGUCCGUCGACGCCAUCGGUGGCUCCGUCAAAGGAUCAGCACUUGCUGGAUGCCAAAUCGCCGCUCUCACUAACGGAAACCAGUGGUCUGGGCACUGCCACCUUCUUCAGCGAUGCAAUGUCCAAGCCACCGCCCACUGGAGCACCGCCACUGCCGGGUGGUGGUCUCUUCAGUCCCACCGGAAGUGGUCAGUUGCUGGGCUUCUUCAGCCAGGCGGGCACUCCAUCCGAUACGACAAACUCGAGCCUCAGCUCCUUCACCACCAGCGGAGGUCAGCACAUGCAGCUGCUGAGCCCAAAUUCUGUGGAUUCGGUGAUACUCACCAUGUCGCCAGUGGACAAUCCUGGGCACUAUUUGCCCGGUUCGACAGGUGCUCCCUUGUUACCUGUAUGCCCAUCGGUGGUUGACCAACAGCUGAGCACCUUUAAAGCAGCCCAAGCGGCGCCGGAAGUGGAUCAAGUGCGUCCGCAGCGACCGAAGCCACCGAAUACACUGAACCUCAAGCCGCCCGCACCACCGUUGCGCUGGUCGAAGCCCCAUUCCCCGGAUCAGAAUGGAAGUGCCAAUGGCAAUUUUACGGUUACCACCACGGUUACCUUCUCGAUGGAGAACGGAGGUGGCGGUGGCGGCGGCGGCGGCGGCGGCAGUGGACCCAUGGCUGCUAAUGGUAAUGGUAAUGGAAAAUUCGUGGAGGUUACUACGCCGGCGGCCAGUAAUCCCUUUAACGCCCUGCUCAACGGUCAGGCCAGCACUUUUCAGACAUUCGCUAAGCGACUGUCGCCGGAGGGCGAGUGCAAGGACACGAUGUCCUCGCAGGGAUCCUCCUCCAACGACGGGCGCUGGCCGCCGCCGGCCCGCAAGCUGCUAGCCUCACCCCUGACCCCGCUGACGCCCAGUGGCGGUAGCAGCAGCAGCGGCGGCAAGUCCCGCAAGUCGCGAGCGGGCAAGGAGUCGCAGCACUACAAGGAGUCGGACAUCCUCGAGAGCCCGCCGAUGCAGUACUGCGCCAGCGCGCUAAGCGACAAGAUCAGCGAUUACGAGGACGUCUGGUCGCACGAUCCCAGCGAUCGGGCCAGCCUGCUGACCAGUUUCCGGCCGGCAUUGGACACGGUGGGCGGCGUGAUGAACCGACGGCCAGAUCUGCUGGCCGAGACCCCGAGCACGCCCACACCGAUGCAGCAAUCUCACCUAACGGCCUGCGAGGUGGAAACAACUGCCACACCCAACGAAUCGUCCAGCCAAUCUCUGCUUCAGUUCUCCGGCGAUGUGCCAGCCCGCUCGCGUGCAGGCCUGCUCUUGCCAAAUUUGUCGGGACAGGCGCCCCCGGUGGCCAUGACCCAAUCCAUGACGGCGGCGGAGGACGAUGGCGGCGAUACCACGCCCACGGCCGAAGGACAAGCCAACGCAGCCAGUCGCAGCAAGCAGGGCAGUCCGUUCUAUGCGGAGCCAGCGGAUGCACUGCGUCAGGCGGGCCUGACCAGCGCAGCCACGGCCAUCUUGCGGCGCCAGCAUCGCAAUCAAAUGUUGCACGCCAGCCAAAGACACUCGGAACCACUAAAAGCGGGCUUCGCAGGCUCUGGCAAUGGUGCAAUGCUGCUGCCCAGCGAUCUGGAGAAGCUAGCCGGCAGUCUGGACGAACUGAAACCCAAGCCGAAGGUUUCCCAGCAGCAACAGCAGUCCCAACAGCAACAACAGCCCACCAAGCGGGCACGUAAUCGCAUCGAUCACUGGCAAUUGGACAGCAGUUGGGAGUUUAUGGCCAAGCAGGAUACGGGCAGUCAUGCUGGCGGGGAUUACGAUACGGCAGUCAUCGACUGGCAGGAGAAGGAGAAUUCGCUGGGCCGGGAUAGCCGUGCAGAUGGCCAGGGGAAGAAGCGCACGCUGACCAUCCAUCAGAUCAUCGCCAAUCGAUUGCCCGACCUCAAUCUGCCAGAGCUGGUACGUUGCUCCACGCCGCCGCAAACGGCCGCACUGCAGCCGCAUGUCCUGGGACAGGAUAAGGUCGGACUCGGCUGCGAUGGCAGCCAAAAGUCAUUCCAGAGCCAGAUCGGCUGCCGGCUCUCCUCCUACGACAACGUCUUCUGCCAGAACUCGUUCGGAGGCAUCGAUUCGGCGCAGUCCGACGACGGCACCAUCUUCUCGGAGCCCUGGGACUCGUCCCAAUGGGACACCUUCCUGCCCCACGAUGACGCCACCAUCAACUCGGACACCAUACAUCUGUCCAAGUGCCGGCCCGCUCUCUCAGAGGACGACACUAUCAUCGAGGAACUACAAAGCACCAAAGACGGCAGCAAUGGCAGCUGCAACCAGGACACACUCAAGGCGAACAGGAGUGGUGCUGGACACCACAAGCCCAGCAAGGCCAACAGUCGACCCAAAGUGGCCACAAUUCUGCGGAAUCCCAGCAUGCGGGAUCGUGAAGUCUUAUGUCACCCCCGCAACAAGAUGAGCAUCCAGAGCAGCGGACCCGGCGAUUCCUUGCGGGCAUACACCCUUCAAUUGGCCCAGGAUCCCAGCUCCACGUUCGCCCGCAACAUUGAGAACUUCAUCUGCUGCACCAAGGAGUCCCGAGAGGCGGCGCCCCAGGUGGUGAUGCGAAAUAUGCGCCAGUUCAUGAGCGGCAUGAAGAACUACCUGGUGAAGCACGGCGAGGGCAAGUUCCAUGCGGAACUGGAGACGGCGAGGGCGCGACUCAAGUCGGAUGAGUUCCUCAACCUGGACGCCAUGCUGGAGACGGUAAUGCACCAGUUGGUUGUGCUGCCGCUGCGGGAGCACCUCUAUGGCAUUUUCGUGGAUCACUAUCAGCGCAGCGAGGACAUCCAACUGCUGGCGCAGAACGUGCGCUACGCCUGCGAACGGGAGGCUGCCGACUUUGGCAUCAGGCCCACGGUGACGCCGCCAUCACAGGCCGCCCUGAGGCUGAUCGCCAACCUGCUGUGGCGCCUCCAGGAGGCCGAGUUGCCGCUCGACAAGCUGGAGCUCUUCCUGUGCGUCAUCUCGACGGUAUUCGAUGCCACCGGCUGUCCGCGUGGCCAGCAGCUGGGCGCCGACGACUUCCUGCCCGUGCUCGUCUAUGUGGUGGCCAAGUGCGGAUUCGUGGGUGCCGAAAUCGAGGCCGAAUUCAUGUGGGGCCUCCUCCAGCCGACACUGCUCAACGGCGAGCCGGGCUACUACCUGACUGCCCUCUGCAGCGCCGUCCAGGUGCUCAAGACCUUCAUGGCCUCCGAGGGGGAGAGCGGCAGCGGCUCCCUGGACUGGCGCUCCAGCUGCCUGCCCGCCUGCUCCAGCGUGCUGCGCGUGAUCAUACCCGACGAGUGCAACGGAUCCCUGCAGACGAGGACACUUCCGGUGCGGCCACAUACCACCACCCGCGAGGUGUGCCGCAUCAUUGCGCACAAGGCGCGCAUCACGAAUCCGCAGGACUAUGCGCUCUUCAAGCUGGUCGAUGGCGAGGAGACGCUGCUGACGGACGCCGAGUGUCCGCAGGAUGCCCGACUGGCGGCCAAGGGCAAGCAUUGCAUGCUGGCCUACAAGCGGAUCGAUGCCAAGAUCGCCUGGCCGACUGCCCAGCUGGCAGGACACUGAUUCAGCUGCCCGGGGAUGAGCCCGAUUCACACAUACGACAGACCGCACCAACCGCCCUGCCCUCCCUGCCCGCCCUGCCCUUCUUGCUCACUAACCAAGCAUAUUUGAUUAAUAAUUUAUUAUUAUUACAUUAAAAUAUACUUAGUAGCCUGUAAGUAAAGCUAAUUAAUGCUAAUUAGAAAACAUCUAAUGUGUACUAAACAUCAGUAUUGAGUUAAGUGUGUUUUUUUUCCCGACCCACGGGUCAAGCCCCAUUUUUUUUUACUAAUAAAUGUACUAUGCGAAUACAUAUACACACAUAUACGAUAUAUAAACUUUUAGCAAGUAGAGUUGCAUUUCUGCACAAACGAUGCGAUGGAGUCAUCUAAACGAAUCUACACUCUAAACAUAUAUAUGCAAACGCGAGCACGCCAUUUGGGCGUAUAAACCAUUUGGCGUGGAUCGUGUGUGCCACCCUGGAGACCAAAAGCACAGUUCAACAAUCACAGCAACAAUCAAUCAUUCAUUCAAUCAAACAUUUAAACGAUUAUGCGUUCAGUGCAUAACAUCAUCAUUAAACUACAAAAGGCAUUUAGGUGUGAAUGGGUUUCGUGGUUUUUUUUAAGAAUCAAAACCAUAUUAUAUUAAAGUAUAAACCAUUACAUUUUAAUAUUUAUGUUCAACUAAACCAUGCUAUCGACCCUCGAGACAUACAUACAUAAAUACAUACAUAUUUUUUUGUAUACUUUGUAAAAUAUGUGACACGUAAUCCAAAUAGCAAGCAAAUAAAUAAC